AUAUCUCUUUUCUCUCUGUAAAUAAAAUGGGCCAAAAGAAAGAAACCAAGCAACACUUGAAGCCUUGCACGGUAGUUUGUUGCAGUCUAAGUUUUGUCUAAAUAUAUAUUAUUGAGGAGGUGACAUUUAAGCAGCCAUUUUCGGAGGCUCUUUUUUUGGCGUGGCAAUUUGAGAAAAAGCAGCAGCUAGAUUUUGGAGGGAGUGAGCAGCAUUGAAUAUCAGACAGAAGUACAGAGGGAAAGGUUUUGAAUUCAUUUAAGAGGGAUUUGAUGGUUCUUUCUGGUCAGUAUUCCGCAUUUCUUAUUGCCAAAGUUGCAGCUGGGAUUGCCGGCAAUUUCUUUGCUUUUGGGCUGUUUGUUUCGCCUAUGCACACAUUCAAAAGAAUCAUCAGAAAUGGUUCAACUGAAGAGUUCUCAGGGCUGCCAUACAUAUAUGCCCUUUUGAAUUGCAUGAUCAGCAUGUGGUAUGGAUCACCUCUUAUAUCUUCUGAUAACAUAUUGAUUCUAACAGUCAAUUCAGUCGGUGCAGUGUUUCAACUUGCCUACAUAACCCUCUUCAUAAUCUAUGCUGAGAAACCAAAAAAGGUGUGGAUGAUGGGAUUGUUAGUAGCAGUUUUUGGUUUAUUUGCAAUCAUAGCCAUUGGGAGCUUGCAGAUAUCUGACCUUUUUCUACGACGGACAAUUGUUGGAUUGCUUAGCUGCUUUUCUCUUAUAUCAAUGUUCGCUUCUCCAUUGUUCAUAAUAAACUUGGUGAUCCGUACAAAGAGUGUUGAGUUCAUGCCCUUUUAUCUCUCCCUUUCCACCUUCCUAAUGAGCACCUCUUUCCUUCUGUAUGGAAUUUUUAAUUUCGAUCCCUACGUUUAUGUCCCUAAUGGGAUAGGAACAAUCUUGGGGAUUGUGCAAUUGGCGUUGUACUUUCACUAUCAUCGUUCAUCGAAAGAAGACUCCAGAGAACCCUUGAUAGUUUCGUAUGCAUAAAUGUUACAUUGAAGAAAGAAAAAAAAAUGUUAUCUUGAGAUGAUAAGGCAAGAUGAUUGAAGUGAAGCGUGGUGCUGAUUACCGACUCGCGACAUAAGUUAUGUUUCUUCAGCCUUUCAAGCUCCUGGGUGCCUCAUUUGUCACCCUCCGGCCUCCCUACAUCUUAUUUUGUCUAUGUGAGAAACUUCAACAUGUAUCAUAGAUAGAUACAAAGAUUUUCUCCCUUUCCAUAUGUAGCAUUCAUGUGAUUGUCCAAGAACAAAAACUUUUACAGCUCACCAAGUCAAACCUGUAUGUAAAGCCCUUUUUGUAUGGCUUCAGUAGCUUGCUGAAAAGAUAGGUCAAGUUCCAGAAAUGAAAUUUAUUCUCCAUUACUUGUUC